CAUUUUCACAAAUUGCAAACUUUAUAAUCAAUCAAAUUUAAAAAUCCCCAAAUUAACGGUCACGUUACUUUACUUCUACUCCUUCAAAUGUAAAAUGCUAAAUCGAUUACUUCUAUCAAUCAUAAAUCGACAAACCCUAAUCUCAAUCAGAUGCUUCAUUUUAUCAAUCACAUCUAAACUUUAUUCUUCAAUCAUGGCUGCUCAAUCAUCCUCACAACCAUCUGAAUCAACCCUUAAAAACCCACGAGAGUUUGACCCAUUAAAACCUCAAAUUCCGAUUUCAUAUCCUAUUAAAACCCUUGAAGAGCUUGAAUCGAGAUCAUAUUUUGAUUCAUUUCACUAUCCAUUCAAUAAGGCAAGUGUCCCAUUAGAUGGGAAUAUGUAUUUGCCUCAAAGACCUAGAAUGUUAGUAUGCCAUGAUAUGGCUGGUGGGUAUUUGGACGAUAAGUGGGUACAAGGUGGGACUAAUGCUGAUGCUUAUGCUAUAUGGCAUUGGUAUUUGAUGGAUGUUUUUGUGUAUUUUUCUCACAAUUUAAUUACUCUUCCUCCUCCUUCUUGGAUUAAUGCUGCUCACAAACAUGGAGUUAAGGUAUUGGGGACUUUUUUGACAGAAUGGGACGAGGGUAGAAUCAUAAGCAAUAAAAUGUUAUCAAGUAAAGAGUAUUCUCGUAUGUGUGCUGAGCGAUUAACUGAGCUUGCCAUUGCUCUUGGAUUUGAUGGCUGGCUGAUCAAUAUGGAGGUUACCCUUGACUCAUCCCAGAUAGCAAAUUUGAAAGAAUUUGUCAGCCAACUGACAGAUAUGAUGCAUUUGUCAAUGCCUGGGUCUUUGGUGAUAUGGUAUGACAGUGUUACGGUUAAUGGUCAUCUUCAUUGGCAAGAUCAACUGAACGAGAUGAACAAAGCCUUUUUCGAUUUGUGCGAUGGCAUUUUUGUAAACUAUACAUGGAGGGAAAACUAUCCAAAGCUCUCUGCUAAUGUUGCCGGUGAUAGGAAGUUUGAUGUUUACAUGGGUAUAGAUGUAUUUGGUAGGAAUACUUUUGGUGGAGGUCAAUGGAAUACAGACGUUGCUCUAGAUGUCAUAAAGAAGGAUGAUGUAUCUGCUGCAAUAUUUGCGCCUGGAUGGGUCUAUGAGAAUAAGGAACCUCCGAAUUUUCAGACUGCUCAGAAUCGUUGGUGGAGUCUUGUUGAAAACUCCUGGGGAGUGAUGCAAAACUACCCAAGGUCAAUACCAUUCUACUCGGACUUUAACCAGGGUCGUGGCCACCAUUUUUCUGUUGAUGGGAGGCAACUUUCAGAUGCUGAUUGGUGCAACUUAUCAUGCCAAAGCUUUCAGCCUUUCUUGGAAUUUUCUGAAGACCCUGUAUUAGAUGCUACUCAGGCUCUUGUCAACCUUGAAGAAAAAUCUUAUAGCGGAGGAGGAAAUGUAACAUUGAAAGGGGUUCUUGGUAGCUUUGAUUAUUUCACAAAAAGGUUAUUUCAAGCGAAGCUCCCUUUCGACGAUUCAGCUCUCGGCUUCACAUAUUCUGUGAAGUCCGUUGGGGACUCUCUGGUGGGCAUUUUGCUGGAGUUUCUCUCCACUGAAGGUGAGAUCGAAUCAGUCCUCCUAGCAUCUCACGGGGAUACCUUACGUACCAUGAAUCGCUUUUCUAGCAAGUUCAGCAAAGUCAUUAUGCCCCAUCGCGUCGUCAAACCUGAGUCGUCUGAUGGGUGGAUUCUACAGGAGACCGUCAUUUCCAUGCCUGGUUAUACAUUGACGGAAAUCUGUGCAGUAUGCUACAAAUUGAGAAAUGAAUGGGAGGAAAAAAUCUCCGAGUAUUAUGCAAUUCUCGGUCAUCUCUCUAUCAAAAGUCCCGAUCAGAAUGUACUAUUUCCAUCCUCAUCUUCAUGGGUAGUCGAGUGUCAAGAUGUCACAUGGAAACCAAGCACCGGAGAAACGAAGUUUGUUAGCUUUACUAUGGUAUGGAAAUUGAUGGACGAGAGCAAUUCCAAUGAGUUUCAGAAAUACAAUAUUUAUGUCGAAAAAACAUCAGAAUCGGAUGAAAUUCUAAAUGUAAAGCUUCAAGCAAUACCAGAGUUCCUCGGAAUUGCCCUAGUUGAAGCCUUUUAUGUUUCCGAUUUGCUAGUUCCAUACGGUGUUUCUUCUCUCAAAUUUACCGUCCAAGUUUGUGGUCUUGACGGGAGUUAUCAACGACUAGACGAUUGUCCAUCGUUUCAAUUGGAUUUUUAAGCUUAGCUCUAUUAACUCGAUGUUCUGGAUUUACUUCUGUAUAUGACAAUAAAAUAGAUUUGAAUUGAUGUAGUAUUCAAUGUUUUGUUCACAAAAUAUAAGUUACAUCAAUGCAAAAUCAUUAGAAUAUCUUUAAUGGGUCAGUGUGAUUGCUAAACCUAAUUAUGUAAUGCAAGUUCAUUGGAUGUUAUGUAAUUAGGGGUUUGAUUUCAAUUGAAAGUUACGUAGUGAAAUAUUUUUAGCAACAAUAAAAGUCAUUUUAAUAUAUGUAUUA